AUAAGCUCGAAGCUCGCUCCUCUCUCUCUACCCCCAAAAUACAGCACUUCAGCACCACCGGCCAUGCCAACGGCAGAGGCACCUUCCAGCAUUCACCUGGUCACGGCGUCAUCGUCAGACAGCAACGAAUACCACCUUCUUCAGCUUCCAGACGAAGUGCUGGCCGAGGUCGAGGAGAAGCAACGACGCCAAACGACGGCAAAGAGAAAGGGACGAGACGAUGAAGGUGAUGCAGAAGAGGAGGAAGAGGGCCACUUACUGACAAUCAAUGGGAGGCACGGCGACGAAGCUGUCAUCUGCACGCGAAGCAGGACGUAUGCGCUCCGCCAAAUCACACAGUCCAACACGCUGCUCCUCUGCUCGCUCCCGUCCCUUGACCCCAUAGAUGAAAGCGGAGGCGUCGUAGUACGGAGCAAUGUCAGCGACAUGCUGGAAAUGGUGCCGGUCAUGCCGCGCCUUCAGCGUAUCGGCACGCUGCUCCAUGAGAGUCGUUUCGAGGGCGAGGAGGAGGAGGAGACACAAGUCAAGGCUCGUCUUUACACGCCCACAGAGGUGCGCUCCAUCGUGCAGACCAGCACACACGAGUUGCAGACGGGUCUGGACAGCCACCACGUCGUCCUGCUCGAUGGCUUCUACCGCAUGGUGUCUCGAGACUAUCUGUUUCUCGCUCUCGAGAGCCUCUUGAACCACGUCGACCUUCAUGCAUACCAGCCAACCUCGAUUCCCCUCACCGCUACCUUGGAGGCUCUCGCGGCGGAGCACGAAAUCAGAAAUGAAGUUGCCUAUGCCCUGCUAACGAGAUGGUUCGGCAAGCCACUCAGCGAGCCCCCGGCUCAUGUCGCACUCGAUAGCGAUGCGAUUGUGCGCUUCCUAGGCAAGAGGCUGCUAGCCGUCGAUGCACGACAGCCUGUGCUACUCGAAGAAUGGCAAGACAAGUGGAAGAAGAGCGUCGGCCAAACAUUUGCAGAGCAUGUGGACCUCAGCAAGAUAAAGGGAGAGUUCCUUCUCUUUCCUACCCCUCCUAGCCAGCCCACGUCGGCACAGCCGCUUCGCAUCCAGUACUAUCCAAAGGACACGCUGCCCCUCGACCCUGCCCAACGGUUCCAGGAUCUCUUCCUUACGCGAUCCCAGUGGCUCCUCGACGACCUUCUCCCGUAUCUCGACGAUGUCGCCGUGGACAAGAAGAAGCGAGACGCUCUUCUGCUCAAGUUUGCGCGGACAAAUCGGAUCAAGGUCCCUGCCGCACCGCCGGUAGAAUCGACAAAGCCACCGGCAAAGAAGAGCAAGGUGACCAGCCAGGCCAUCGAGAUGAAGGAGCUGACGCUGUACUCUGCUCGCGUUCGUUGUUGAUCCAGACCCCUCACUUGUUGUGGUGUAUUUGUACAGUACCUGACCUCUGGCUUAAGUCAUCGCCAAGAAAUGCAACAGAAGAGCAGCAUUGAUUCCUUUGGGCUUGCUACCAAG